AGACCAGGGCAGUAAAAGCUGCUCCGUGCUCUCUUCUGUUUGUGCCCACAGAGCCGGCACAUCACCCCUCUGCCCGUGUCCCUGGGGAUUGAUUCAGUGGUGCCCUGGGAGCUCAACCUGCCCUGACACACUGUUGGACACAUCCGUGCACCGCCUUCCCGUCCAGCCAUGCUGCACUGUCUCUGGGACAGCAUCUCCUUCCCUACACUCCUCAUCUUCCUCAUUGUCUUCCUGUUUGUCGCCGAUUACAUGAAGAACAGAAACCCAAAGAACUUCCCUCCCACCCCUUUACGCCUUCCCUUUAUAGGGCAUCUUUACUUGAUGGACUUCAAAGAUCCCAUAGGUGCAGUGAUGAAGCUUACUGAAAAAUAUGGUGACAUCGUUGGCACUUCGAUGGGCAGCAUGAAGUUUGUGAUAGUAAAUGGGAUGCGGCUGGUUAAGGAAGUGCUUGUAAACCAAGGGGAAAACUUCCUUGAGCGCCCAGAAAUGCCUAUUGAAAAGGAUAUGUCCGGCAAGAUAGGACUGAUCAACUCCAGUGGGCACUUGUGGAAGGCACAGAGGAGAUUCACCUUGACCACCCUCCGAAACUUUGGCUUGGGGAAGAGGAGCGUGGAGGAGCGCAUCCAGGAGGAAUGCCGAUUCCUCGUGGAUGCCAUUAAGGAUGAGCAGGGUGAGUGCCACGCACCUCUCUCAGCAGCUGGGCUGAAGGGCACUAUUGUGAUGACAAAUAUAACCUCUGUGAUGUUUGACAAAAAUGAGUGGGAAACCCCCGACACUUUCAACCCGCAGCAUUUCCUGAAGGACGGGAAGUUCUGGAAAAGGGAAUCAUUUCUGGCAUUUUCUAUUGGGAAGCGCGCCUGCCUGGGCGAGUUGCUCGCCCGCUCCGAGCUCUUCCUCUUCUUCACGUCUCUGCUCCAGAAAUUCACCUUCCAGGCACCCCCGGACACCACGCUCAGCCUCCAGUGCGUGAUGGGCAUCACGAUGGCCCCGCAGCCAUACAAGAUCUGCGCUGUGCCUCGGUAG